GUCAGGGCAGAUCGCGCUGCAAAUGUGACUUUCCCCAAGUCAGCCGAGCUCUGGGCAGCCCGCAUCGCCCCUGGCCGAGCCCCUGCCCCUGCCCCUGCCCCGGAUGCUUCGCUGCAGCGGUGGCUGGAAGAGACUCGCAUGACAUGUCUCCUCCGGGCAGUGGCACUGGCUGGCUUGUGGUGACCCCUGAGGCUGGGAGAGCACCGCCUGGGAGCUCCUCUGCCGGUGGCGACGCAUCCUCCUCCUAGACGGGAACCCUGUGUUGUGUAAACGAGCUGAUGGAUGAAGAUGAGAAGGACAGGGCAAAGAGGGCAUCACGCAACAAAUCUGAAAAGAAAAGGCGAGACCAGUUCAAUGUCCUCAUCAAAGAGCUCUGCACGAUGCUGCAGGGUCAUGGGCACCCUCUCAAGAUGGACAAGUCCACAAUAUUGCAGAGGACCAUUGACUUCUUACAGAAACAGAAAGAAAUCACAGCGCAGACCGAGGCCUGUGAGAUUAGACAAGACUGGAAGCCUUCGUUUCUUAGCAAUGAGGAGUUCACCCAGUUGAUGUUAGAGGCAUUAGAUGGAUUCCUCAUUGCACUUACCGCUGACGGGAUUAUUAUUUAUGUAUCUGAUAGUGUCUCCUCUCUUCUUGGACAUUUACCGUCAGAUUUGGUGGACCAAAAUAUAUUAAACUUUCUGCCUGAGCGGGAACAGAGUGAAGUGUACAAGCUCCUUUCUCCACAUGUGCUCAUGACAGAUCCUGUUGCAGCUGAUUUUCUAAACACUGAAAAGCAAAUAGAGUUUUGCUGCCAUUUAGCAAGAGGAAGCUUAGAUCCAAAUGAGCCCCUAACAUAUGAAUAUGUGAAAUUUGUAGUGGAUUUUAAAUAUUUUACUCAUGUGCCUACACCCUCCUGCAAUGGCUUUGAAUCAGCUAUUGCAAGAGCAUUCAGGUCAGCCACAGAAGAACAGAUUUGCCUCGUAGCAACUGUUCGUCUUGUUACGCCGCAGUUUUUAAAGGAGCUGUGCAACAUUGAAGAGCCAUGUGAAGAAUUCACAUCAAGACACAGUUUGGAGUGGAAGUUUUUAUUCUUGGACCACAGGGCCCCACCUAUUAUAGGUUAUUUACCCUUUGAGGUUCUGGGAACGUCAGGUUAUGAUUAUUACCACGCUGAUGACCUGGAGCUUCUCGCUAGGUGCCAUGAACACUUGAUGCAAUUUGGAAAAGGAAAAUCCUGUUACUACAGAUUCUUGACCAAAGGCCAGCAAUGGAUAUGGUUGCAAACGCACUAUUACAUCACGUACCACCAGUGGAACUCCAAACCUGAGUUCAUUGUUUGUACACACCUUGUGGUUAGUUAUGCAGAGGUUCGAGCUGAAAGAAGGAGAGAUCUUGGCCUUGAAGAGUCAUCAAUCGAACUGGCAUCUUCUUCUUUGAAGAGUCACAAUAGUUACCUAAACAUCAGGCAAUGUGGAAACAACCAAGACACCAGCAGGGAAAGAGUGUCUGUAUCCUCACCUAGCUCCCGGCGAUCUUCACACACCGCACUCUCCGACUCAGCAUCCACAUCAUCCAUGCGGCACACGGAGGCCAGCACUCCCACCAGGCAAUCAGUGCCAAUGGGUCAACAGGAGAAGGCAUCUCUGAGGCUGGCCUCGAGCGGGAGCACACAGGCAAUAGUAACUCCUCAGGCAUCCGCUGAACAUCUCACUCAGCACCAUGUGGCCCAGCCAACAAUUUCCUCGCAGCAAGCUGUGAUGCCAGUGUACCACUUCCCAGCCCAGUUAGGGAUGAUGCAUCAACUGAAAGAACAGCUGGAGGAGAGGACUCGCAUACUGCAAGCUGACAUCAAGACACAGCAAGAAGAGCUCCAUGUUAUCAAAGAGCAGCUCCAACUAGUGCAAGAUUCCAAUCUGCAGAUGCUGAUGCAACAACCUAUGCCCUUAGUCUUUAACAACGUACAACAACAGAGCCCAAGAAGGCCAUCCCAACCACAGCAGCCUGGGGUGACCAGGCAGGCCACAGCCAAGAAGCCUCAGCAGCAAGGCCUUAUGGGAUCCAAACACUACAGUACCCCACACUUACUGUCACCACAUCAAUUCCUCAGGGAACCUUGUGUCACUUCCUCACAGGUGCAGCAGCAGCAGCAGCACUUAAUAAGAGGCAGCCAGGCACAGCAAACAUGUCUGCCAGUGCAGACAAGCAUUUCGAUGCCCCUCUACAACAGCCCCAUGGUGUUUUCCCAAACUCAUCCCAUCACUGUCUCUGCUCAGAUGCCAACGGAAAUGAGCGAAAGGCAACAACCGUCUGACUACAGCCAAGAUAGGAGUCUAAGGAUGCUGUUAGAUCAGCCGGUCCAAGCCUUGAUGCCGAGUGCUAAUGGCAGUAAUCAGUCAUCACAAAACAGUGCUGGCAGACAGCAAGCAAAAUUUGUUCCAGAACAGCAGAUGCUGCCUCCCCCAUUACAGAUGCAGCCAAUUACAUGUAGCACAGUCAGGGCUCCUGCCCCUUCUCCUGUAUUUACCCCUUCGGUCAUGAUUCCACAGGCCAACUUCACUUCCCACCAGACGCAACCUCCAGUUCAUCUCCACCAAUGGCCACCCCAACAGCAGGUUCAGCAGCAGCAUCUCUACCUGCAGAUGCAAGCCGCCGAGUCGGUCCCCGGGAGUCAAAAUCAGCGUAUUUUCCAGCCAUCUCAUAUACCGCAGCAGACUACCAUGGGCUACUUCCUCCAUCCACAGCAACAAAGCCACCAUCCGCAGGGUCAGUCCUGCAACUUACAGGACCUGCCUGAAAUGCAUCUGCCCUGAAAGCCAGGGCAUGAGGAGAAGGUGACGAGUCGCAGCUGCUGUGUUAAGCAGGAGUCGGGGGAAGGACGGCGAAAUUCGAGGAGAGUCGGCCCUCCUCAUAUGCCAGAGGGGUGAGGGUUAGCCCAGAGGGAAACAUGGCAGCAUGGAGGAAGGUCCCAGCAGGAGAGCAGGAUCACCAUAUGGUACCUUGUUGAUUAUCAUUUUUAUGUAUUCAGUCCUUGAUGCUGCACAGUGACAGUAUCAAAGAAAAGCCUCGAUUCAUGAAGCCCCAAAAUCGUUCAACUAAACACAGUUUAACUGUGAACCGCUAGAACUCCCAUUCACGUACAUCCUGUCAAGAGGGGCUACUAAAUGCUAAAAGUAUUUGGAGGCUAAAAUCAGGAUAGUAGGAGCUGGUUGUGGUGCUCUUGCCUGCCAAAGCUAAUCUGCAAAGGCGAUUAGAGACUUGAUCAAAAAUGGUUGACUUAGGUAAGAAAAUGAUCUCUGAAGUCACAUGUGGCUGAUAUUGGUCACUAAGCCAUAUGUCCUUAGACAGCACAGCAGGACAAUUCCUUUGGACUGCAAUAUGGAUUUCUAGCUGCAGGCAUGUUAAUCAGGUCAGUGCAAAGAUCGCUUUGCAACUGAGAAAAUAUUUUCAAUUCAGGACAUGGAUGCUCCUUUUAAAUGUUGCUGAAAUUCACUGUGAAUUUAAGACCAAUGUUUGGAACACAGAAAACUGUCAGAAUCAGCAGGAUCCUGUUUAAUUAUCAUGUACAUAAUUCACUAUGUUGUAGUAAGUUCAUUGUGGAUUUUGUUUUCCUUUUUUCCUAUACCUCAAUCCCAGAAUUGGUUUCUUUCAGAUGAUUGGAUAAUGCUGCUAAUUUCUGUAACACCACUCUUGCCUAAAUUUCGUACUGUUGUUAUACCAACUCACAGCACCAUUAAUAAGAGAUGUGUGCAGAUAAAUUUAUAUGUUUUUAUUCCCUGUAGCCAAGUAUUUUUCAGGGUGUACUGGCAAGGCGUCCUUACGUUUUUCCACUGGACCGUGCAGUGCAUGUUUCUUUACACCUGAAAAUCAGAUGAAGGCAAACUUUGUGGUUUUGCUAGUUCAUGUUUCAAUUUGGCAAAACUGAAAUUUAUACUAACAAUGACCCAAGUGAUAGUCCAAGCCUUUCGUUAGCAAUAAAUUGUAUUUUUGUAAAUUGUCACUUUUUAACUAUAUGUCUAUAUUUAUGAACUGACAAAAUGGCUAUUCCUCAGUGGGUGUAUAGUAAAGUGGCCCUACUGUUUGUGUCUUUCCAAAGGAAAAUGAAUAUUUAAUUUUUAGAUUUUUUUUUUUUUUUUUUUUUUUAUAAUUAGGAUCUGAGUGUUAGAUUUGGGUCAUGCUUGAUCCCAAACGCUGACGACAAUUUAUGCCAUUAAGAGCAGUGUUCUGAGACAAUGCUUGGAUACGUCCUUAAAGCAAAAAUAAAAAAGCAAUGGCAAAGUCCUAACAUUGUGACUGGCACUCAGACUAGAGUUUAGGGAGAGGUUAUUGUCUAACCUCGAGCUAAUCUCAUCAAUCUGCUUUUUCUAGGCCCUUUUGGGACCCCUCCAUCACCAUGAGCUUGGGUGCCAGCCUCGAGUAGUUGAGCAGAAACAGAUGAGGCUGAAAGCAUGGUGAGGUCCAGCUGGAUCAUAGUGCACAGUGGAGCUGUGCUCAGCACUGCUUGGAAAAGGUGACUGUAGGUCACCAUUGGGCUGCCAAAGCUGGGCUCAUGUGGGAAUGCUUUAUUUUAAGCUGUUCAGCUUCCACAAGCUGUUCAGGCACUAUGGGCACCAAGCAUAGGGCCCCACACUUCCCCCUACCCCCACACACCCCUAGGUCAUAUAGCAGCCCUGUGCCCCAGCAGGCUUUCCCGAGCUGUCGUCAGUGAGGCAGCUCUGCUGUUUUUCAGCCACUUUGCCCUGGUGGCAGCUGCAAUCCAGCCACGAUUCUGGGUUAUGAUGUUUGUUUGGCCACUUUAAAAACCAUUUCCAAAGAACGUAAAGGAGCAUGGUCGUUUCCAGUCCUGCUUGGGCGUGUUUGGGCCACAUCCGCACUCAGCUAGUGGGCACCUGCUUGCGAAACUGUACUUUGAGCAGAGACGGGGUUGAGCACGUUUGAAGCAGGGUACCUGGCUUUGCCUAGGAAGGGCGUGGAGCAACUGGCAGCUUCAGGCUCACCCUGGCUGCAGUCUGAGUGCCUUGCUGCUGGAGGCCAGCCUCGUAGUAUGGUUAUGGGCACCUUGCAUGGAGCAUUGAGAACUAUAGUAAAGAUUUUACCAUUAAAACUCAAGUCACCAUUAGGGUGACUAAGAGGAGAGCAGCACAGACUGUUAGGUGGUAGGGCAGCGCUCCGUUUCAUCAGGCCACACCCCAGCACUGCACAGCUGGCAUCAGUCACUGGGGGCAGAAGAGACAUUAGCUGCUUUCAUAGCUUAGUUGGACCACUGUCUACAAUAUGCUACCAGGGCCGCCUUGGGGGGGUGAGGGGAACAAGUGGAGCAAUUUGCCCCAGGCCCCCCACAAGAGUUUUUAGGGGCUCCCAUGAGGGUCUUUGGCAGCAAAUCCUUUAGUCCUGCCAAACACACCCGGAUCAAGUGAAGGCCCUACUGCCAAAGAUCCAGAAUUUCUUUCGCUCCAGGUCUUCAGCUGCAGUUCGGCAACGGGGCCUUCACUGGCUCUGGGUCUUCGGCAGCAAUUCGGUGGUGGAGCCUUCACUCACUCCAAGACUCACUCCGCCGCUGAAGUGCCCUGAAAACCCGAAGCGGAAGGGCCCCCACCACCCCGCCUCCGAAGACCCCAGGCCCCUGAAUCCUUUGGGCAGCCCUGUACACUACUAUGCCAUGGUAGUGUAUCUAGAGCAUAAAAUGAGAGGUCGAGGAGGCUGAGUCUCUCUCGCUCUCUCUCUCACACACACAACGCACAUGCUCUCUCUCUUGCUGCACUGUAUUACCUGGGGCAAAUGCAUAGCCUAGAAUUGUCAAAUGUGCCCCUUUUUUUUUGGCUGGCUCAGUGAGUGUAGCUCAGAUUUUGGCCAAGGCAUCCCGGGUGAAGGUUGGGGUAGCAAGUUGGGUACCAAAGUUUAGCCAUCAAAAAAAAAAUGUUGACCAUCACUGAGCACCUGUUUAGAACGGGUUCAGCCACCUCAGCUGCCAGAGGUAUAAGAAUGUGAUUGUCCCUGCCAAUUCUUUGUGACUGAAGCGUGUUGUAAUGUCAGGGACCAUGGCUGGAAAAAUUAUGUGAACUAGCAACCUCCUUGCGCAACUAGCCUCAAACGUCUGCUUAGCAAAGUGUUGUUUGUAGCUGUCUUUUACCACUACAUACAAGGGGCAAAAAUUGUGCCCUUGGACGAUUCAUGUCGUGGCCAAGAAAUGGCCCAUGUAUAACAGGACGUGCCUCCUUAAGCAGCCACUGGCCGCCCCACAGAGGCACGUCAUGUAGGUGAGCUGAGCCACUCGCACACAGGGCUACAGGCUAUUGUGCAAUGUGUGGUACGUAACUAACACGCGCACUGAAGUUAGGGUGUGUUUUGCUUGAGGGCAGCUUAGGGCCUGGUUGGUAUGUGACUUUCCACCAUGUAUCCAUUCCAGGGGUGUGUCAUGCUACAGCAAAGGUGGCUGAAAAGUCCUAUAGCUGGUGCUGCUUAGAAUGAGUGCUUUGGGGCACAGGAACCUUAGGGCUUGCUGGCUGGGCGCGUUCACAAACGCCUGAGCAGGGUUGUGUGUCUGUUACAGACAUCGUGGCGUCCGUAACCUCCAUAACCUCUGCAGAGGCCAGUGUGGUUGACUCCAGGGCUGCCCAAGAAGCUGGCUCCAGGGCCUGCUGCUCCAAUGGCUGCCAGGACAGCCACACCAGCAGUCUCCAGCCAGCUGGAGCAGCUGUGGCUGGCCACAAGCAGCUCCCCCGCAGCAGCAUCAGUGCCCCCUGCUUCAAGAUUUAAUUAAGUCAUGGACAGGUCACAGGCCAUGAAUUUUUGUUUAGUGGCCGUGACCUGGCUAUGACUUUUACUAAAAAUACCCAUGACGUAACUGUAGCCUUACUCAUGAGGGCUAUGUCUUUGGGAUUCCACUGAAAGUAGCAGCUUGGUCUUUCAACUCCUGAUUGAUAAAAAUAGCCAGGGGAGGCUGGAGAUGUCUUACCCAGCUUCAGGAGAGGCGCUCAGUGGCAGAUUAGAGGCCUUCCCCCCCACCCCUGCAUGAAAAACUUGCUCCACCAGCCUGUUGGGGAAUGGACUAGAUGGCCUGCAGGCAGAAGAGGUGGGGAGGCUCCCCUCCCCGCCUCUGGCCCCACAAGCCAAGGGGAGGGUUAAUGGCAUUAUUGCACUAAGUGUAUCCCAAGCAGCGUGAGGGCUGGCUGCCCGCAGUGACAUUCCAGCUGCACCCAAACACUCGUCACUCACACGCCUGCAGGUACAGGUCUGUUUUUAGCAGCAGGCCGUGUACAUCUACAGGCGCUGGACAUGACGCCUUCAGCCCCAGUGCACCAGUACCCUCAGAUACAUGCUAGACACCCAGGCUGUUUGUCUGCAGCUGAAAGUCAUUGGUGCAACACACAGGGAACAAAAAUAUACACACAUCCCAGUUCACAAACGGUGUGGGGCAUGGCCCUUGUACAGGGCCAGCAUAAAGGGUGUGCCCUUCAGCGCUGGUGUGCGCGACCAGCCUGUAGCUCAGGCUGGCUGAUAGCUGAGGUGCUGUGCAAAGGCACUACCACAGCAUCUGUUGUGGCACUCGGCUUACAUUUGCCAAAGGGGGGAGGGCGGGUUGGGAUUUAAAUUUUUUUUAACAAGCUUGUGUUUAACUAGCCCCUCCGCCCCCACCAGCCGCUCUGUGCUCAGUAACUGCCACGACUUUUAUUAAAAUGCAAUGGAAGCUGUGGCUGACUUCGGGCCACUUUGGUACAGUCCUGCACUGGUGGAGCUGUGCUCUUGGAAUGUGUUUCAAUGGGGCCAAGACAUGGACAAAAAAGUGUUAUAGGAAACUGGCCAAUUAGUUAUUCUACAGAUAAAGCAUGUUCAAAAAAGCACUAGGUAAGUUCAUGGAGGAUAGGUCCAUCAAUGGCUAGUAGCCAGGCUGGCCA